AUGGUGUGGCCUCAUGAUGUGAUAUACUCUGCUCAAUUAUCAAGUUCUAUGUUUUUUCCAGAUAUACCUUCGACAUCGUGGAAGCGAGAAAUGAGACGUUUGAGACUUUUGGCGUACCUUCCAGUUGCGAUUGACUUCUUUCACUUGGACCGCCCUGCGCUGGUCGUUGUUGUAAGCACUAAACAUACUGCGGCCUGCCCACAGGAGGGUUCGCACGAUAUUACUUUUGUUCGUUCUUCUUCUAUGGACGAUGCUAUUUCGCAGGAUAUUGCUGUGCGCGAUGAUGUUGAGGAGGUGGUUGAGGAGACUGUUGUGCAUGGUAGUUCGCGUGAUAGCAGGUCGGGGCAGGAUGCUGUCCUUGGGGGGCCCGUGGGGUAG